CGGAUUCUACUGUCCGUCGACCUCAGAACCACCGGUACCCUCAAUCCCUACCAUGACACCGUAUAACCCGGGAUCCUCAAGCGACUAUAUCCCCUUGACAGCCCGGCAGACGAGUUCGGAGAGGAAUGAUGAUGAGCCCCCAAAGGAACAUUCUAAACCUCAGAGUCGGAAGGGAUGGAAGCGAUUCGAUCUGACCAGUAUUCUCACCGUAUUUCUGGGUUCGACAAUCCUUUUACUAGGGUUAAUUCUCUUGGCUAUCUUCUGGAGACAAUCAAGGAUCGCAAUCGCCGGGGACGAGCCAGCCGUAUAUUGGAUCCGCGUCGUCAAUGCCAACUGGUCUACCAGGCUGGUGACGGUAUGCGCCGCUGCCAUCCGCACCGUGAUCGCUCUCCAGGCCGGGCUGGUGACGGCAAUGGUUGCGGGAAUUGCCAUGGAGACAACGGGCAUCCCUCUGCUACAAGGACCAAUUUUCUCCAUGAUCCGGGCGGUCAAAGUGGCCCCGAGCAGCCUCUUAACUGCGACUGACUUUCGGCCUCACCUGUCAUUUUUCAUCGGAACACUGGUGGUGAUAGAGGUCCUAGUGACGGGAGCAUCUCAGUUCCUGUCCACCAUUUUCUUAUCCGACUUUGCUGAUGGGACCUUUACUCUACCCCACAACUCGACAAACAUUAGUCUCCUCCAGAAUACGAAUGAAGCCUCCACGGGAUGGUGGACCAUGCCCCCGGCGGCGAGUUGGACCUUUGCGGAGUUAUCGGAUCCGUUUGAAGAAGGGCCCGGCUAUCACGACACCGGUCACACUUAUCGGGCCUUCCUCCCCUUUGAUGACGGUUCUCAACGAACCAGGUUGCGCAGGCUCGAUGGACCGGUGCCGGUUAUGGAUCACCGAGUCGUUUGCGCCAGUCCAUCUCUGAUCAACCUGGCCCUCGAUGCUUCCGUUCAAAGCAAUGUGCGCUUGUCCGGCCAAAUCGCCAUGAAGAACAAGUCUUAUCCGAUGUUGCUCAAUACCGAAUUGCAACCCUAUAUCAACUUCACCUGCCAGUUACCUAUCCCGGUAUUUCGGACAAAUCACACCGUGGGAGAGAGCAGCAUCUGUUACGCCAACAGCGGAACGGAUUGGAUGGUGCUGUUAAACGAUCCCUUGGUUCCGCCUAUCGCAAAUGACACUGUCCCCGGUUAUUCCUCCAGUUAUGAUCUAGGGUAUCCUCAGGCUUCGACCAUGUUCAUGGUGUUGGAUGUGGUUUCCACGGGGGCAAUGCUACGCGCAGUUGAUGCGAAACAUACCACUGUUCAGUCCACUCGCUCCAAUGGUCCCUGGGCAAUGGUGGCGAACGGGUCCGAUGUCGAGAUCUUGCGGAUCUCAGCCUGUCUGACCAACAUGGGCACUGAAACCCUUAGGGUUAGCAUGAAUAGUUCCUCGGAUAACACAGAGCCCAAGAUGUCCUGGGACUCCCAUGCUAAUGGAUACCGGACCGAGGCAUCUCGUCAGCAGCUAGGCGCAUCCAAGACCCGCGAUAACUUCAUUACCCGUGGUGUUCUCACCCUUGAGCCCAAAUCUCAAUGGCAAACAUUUGCACUUCCGAACAACACAGACGGGUAUGCAACGCCCUGGUUCUUUCUAUUCUCGCUCGUUAACACCCUUCCAACUUCCUGGACGGUCGCUCCCACGACGAAUCUCACCGCGAAUCCGGGCGUGCUUCUCUCCAAAAAGGUCACGGGAUAUACGGCCAAUGCCCACCUAACUCAUGUGGAUAUGUUCCAGGAUACCUUGAAUAUGACAGCGAGUCCUGCUUUGGCCAUGCAGGUACUGCUCACGCGGAUCAGUCAGAUGGCUUAUUACGAGCAGUUGGUCAAAUUGGAUGCUAAGGCAGCAGCCUCGACCGCCUUUUUCUUCGCAUCGCUGAUCCCAGUGCAAUGGACUGGCUUUAGCGUCGGAACGGCUCUCGUUGCAAUACAUUUCAUUAUUGUUAGCAUUAUCGCCGUGCAGUUUUUGAAAUUCACGGAGGCUUCGGUUAUCGGAAGUUUCUGGCAGACUGUUUCUCAGUUGGCUUCGAAUGAAAAUCGUCCGAUUUUGGAGCAAGCGGAUCGCAUGAAUGAUAGCGAGGUCAAGCGCUGGGCGAAACAUCAAAUGGUGGAUCUGAAGAGUCGCCAUGUGCUUCGAUGUCGGGAGGAUGGGCGGAUUGUGCUGAGCCCGGCAGAGGGUGAAUUGUGAAGAUGUAAUGGGCUGGGAGGUUGGCUGGCAGGGGGCUAGUGCAAAUGAACUGGUAUUUGAACGGAUAGAUUCCUUGAUUUAGUGACUCCUGAUUGUAAUUAUCUCAGCUAGCUAUAACAGUACACCGAAGUUUGGGCCAGGUAGUGGCAAAUCAUCGCUGGAAGUGCCAUGAGUCCGAAUUGUAUAUUUCACGCAGUCCCUACGUCCACAGAGACAUACCGGGUAUUGCCUUAGGA